AUGCCGACUUGUAUCCCAAAAAGGACGCAAUUUGCGCCUGGAGCUAAGAGUCAACGAUCUGAGACCCUCAAAGAUGAAGUGUUAGACGUGAACUAUCUCCAAGGCCUUCUCGGAUCGGUAGAGAGAGGGAUCAAACAAGAGAAGAUGAGAGUCCGGGAGCUCUUGGAAAACAAUUCCAAGCUUCAUAGCCGCAUGACCGCCUUGAGACGCGACGGGGAUGAAUUGUACAAGACGUUGGUAGAGCUCAAGCGUGACCUUCGCAACGAGAGGCAACGGACGACGCGGCUGAGACAGCACGCAAAUAUGUCUAGUGUACCCCGGCCUAUGGGGCAAAAUAUUGGUGGGUUCCAAACUUUACGAGGCAAUUAUUGGAGCCCAUACUCGCUUCACCACGGAAACGAGAUGUACAAUUCAAUUCCGUAUGGUCAGGCCGGAUACAACUACAUGGAUCCCAGAGGAUUCAUGAACCAAGCACCGCCUCAUCAUCCCAUGUCAUAUGGCAACAUGUCUCAUUUUCAACGACCAACACCAACACCGCCACAAUAUUAUUUUCCUAGCCAGUACAUUCCUCAACCAGGAAACUCAGGCUGUAUGGGGGCUCCUGGCCCUCAACAGUAUUCAAGAUGGAUGGGAGUGCCACAAUAUGGCUAUUGA